AUGACUGUUCGUUGGGGUAUCGUAUCUGCUGGCAAAAUUAGCAAUGACUUUGUCAAUGCUGUUAAUUCAUAUCCUGAUAAAGGAGACCAGGUCAUUGCUGCAGUAGCUGCUCGUGAUCCUACCAGAGCGAAAGAAUUUGCCAAACUUCACAACAUUCCUAAAGUAUUUAAUACGUACGCAGAUAUGGCAAUCAGUAAAGAUAUUGAUGUGGCUUACAUAGGAGCACUCAAUCAUGACCACUAUGCACUAUCGAAAUUAUUCCUUGAAUCUGGCAAACAUGUAUUAUGUGAAAAGCCGUUUUGUCUAAAUGCCAAACAAGUGGAAAGCUUGGUGAAAAUUGCUAAAAAGGAAAACCUUUUCUUAAUGGAGGCUUUAUGGUCUCGUUUUGCUCCAUUUUACCGUAAUUUAGAAAAACAACUAGAAUCAGGAGUUAUCGGUCGACCUCAAUUUGUAGAAGCAAAUUUAGGAGCUCCCAUUGAAAACAUGGAGAGACUGAGGUGA